AUGCAGACCAUGGCUUUUGCCAUAAAGGAGAUCAAUGAGCGCUCUGACCUCCUACCACGGCUAAGGCUGGGCUUUGAUAUCCGCGACAGCUGUGAUGUUAUACCUGUGUCUCUGAGAGCUUCUUUACUCCUGGUGAAUGGACACCCAGAGAGAUCCACAGUCAACACUGCAGACGGAGGCAAAGGUCUGAGGAGCAACUCCAAUGUCUCUCAUUUGGGCUGUGCUGACGUCCGCAGGACUGUGUCACCGGUGAUCAUAGGAGAUGCUGCAUCUGGGGUAUCAAUGGCUCUGCUCAGAAGUCUGGGUUCUUUCCAAAUCCCCUUGGUGAGCUAUUUUGCAUCGUGCAGCUGUCUGAGUAACCAAAGGGAGUUCCCGUCAUUCAUGCGCACCAUGCCCAGUGACGCCUUCCAGAUCAGGGCCCUGGUCCGUCUGGUUAGCUACUUUGGAUGGACGUGGGUGGGAGUCAUCGGGCUGGAGUCUGACUACGCUCGCUUUGCCAUCCAGCUCUUCCUCCAGGAGUCAGUGCAGUAUGGUGUGUGUGCUGCCUACACACACUUCUACCCUGUAUCACUGAAUCAACAGGCCCUGGAUGAACUCCUAGAUGUCAUUCAGAUGUCAUCAUCCAAGGUCAUUAUUAAUUUUUGUAGUGAGUCAGAGAUGCAGAGCAUUUUACAAGAGAUCAGACAUCGUAAUAUCACGGGGCUGCAGUGGAUCGCCAGUGAGGCCUGGUCCACUGCAUCGUCACUGUGGGCAGAGUUCGGUGAUCUCCUGACGGGAACGCUGGGGUUCGCCAUACGGAGGGCUGAUGUGAUACCGGGUCUGAAGCAACAUCUCAUCAGUAUCAGACCAUCACACAUUCAUAAGUCAGCUUUCCUGGCAGAGUUCUGGGAGGAAACCUUCAACUGUCGACUCAACGGCUCAGUCAACACCCACUCCCACAGCGGUGACCCCUACCCAGACCGAAAGCCAUGUAAAGGAACAGAAGAUUUACUGGAUGUUUACACUUCUUAUUCUGAUGUGACACAGCUAAGGGUGUCCUAUAAUGUGUACAAGGCUGUGUAUCUGGUGGCUCAUGCUUUACAAGACAUGAGUGAAUGCAUAUCAGGACAGGGACCUUUUUCUAACGGCACCUGUGCAGACCCCAAGAGUUUUCAACCCUGGCAGCUUAUACACUACAUGAAGUGUGCAAAUUUUUCUGCACUGGGAGAAAGAGUCAGCUUUGACCAAAAUGGAGACCCUGUUGCUUACUACGACCUCUUAAACUGGCAGAGGAGGUCUGAUGGGUCAGUGUAUCUGGCUAAAGUUGGUUUCUAUGACGAUUCAUCACGUGACGGACACAGCCUGGUCAUAAAUGACUCGGUCAUUCAGUGGCCUGUUGGGAAGCAGACCAAGGCUUCCCGGUCUGUGUGCAGCGACAGUUGUCCUCCAGGUUUCCGCAUCGCCAGGAGGAAAGGGGAACCCAUCUGCUGCUUCGACUGUGUCUCCUGUGCUGAGGGAGAAAUCAGCAAUGAAACUGAUUCUUUGGAGUGCUCCCGCUGCUCAGACGACACAUGGCCCAAUGAAAACAGAAAUGUCUGCAUCCCAAAGACUAUGGAGUUCUUGUCUUAUCAUGAGUUAAUGGGUAUUGUGCUUUGUAUUGUAUCUGUUCUUGGAGCUUGUAUUUCCCUGUCCGUCCUCGCCGUGUUCUUCAUACACAAAGACACGCCGUUGGUUCGGGCCAACAACAUGGAGCUGAGCUUUCUUCUCUUGCUGUUCCUCGCCGUGUGUUUUCUUGUUGGCCUGUUGUUCAUUGGUGAGCCCUCAGACUGGCUCUGCAGGAUCAGGUAUCCUGCAUUUGGGAUCAGUUUUGCCCUCUGCAUUUCAUGUCUCCUGGCCAAGACAAUGGUGGUCUUAGUGGCUUUUCGGUCCACACUGCCAGGAAGUAACGCCAUGAAGUGGUUUGGACCAAAGCAACAGAGAGCAAUUGUAAUUUUAGCAACUGCUGUUCAGGUGAUAAUCUGUGUAAUCUGGCUGCUCUCCAGUCCACCUCAUGCCAACAACAACACACAUUACCACAGCUCUACCAUCAUCAUGGAGUGUGUGACUGGUUCAGAGGUCGGCUUCUGGUGUGUUCUGGGAUACAUCGGCAUCUUAGCCUGCAUGUGUUUCCUUGUGGCUUUUUUGGCCCGGAAACUCCCUGAUAAUUUCAAUGAGGCAAAGUUCAUCACCUUCAGCAUGCUGAUAUUCUUUGCUGUGUGGAUUACAUUUAUUCCAGUAUAUGUGAGCACAGCUGGGAAAUACACAGUGGCUGUGCACAUUUUUGCAAUUUUAGCCUCUGCUUUUGGUCUCCUUUUUUGCAUUUUUGCUCCAAAAUCCUACAUCAUCAUUCUGAAGCCAGAAAAAAACACAAAGAAAAACAUGAUGCAUCGAUAA